UCUGUUUGCAAACAUUACAAGGUUAAAGUUUGAAGCAGCGCGCAGCGGUAUUAAAUGCACUGUUGUCAAAAAAACAAAGACAUUCCCCGUUUCCGAACGCCAGACGGCUAUCAAUAACAAUCGCUCGCUCUCCGUCUAACGUGUGCAUGCGUCACUGUCUCACGCGUGAUUCAUGUAUCGACCUCACAGCGACAAGCAUUCCACAAACAGAACGGAAUAUUUGAACAAAGAAUAAACAUUUAUUCCGACCUUUGCAAAUACACCGCUUCUAAGCAUUUCUGUCUUUUACAAAUAUUUGGGUAAUGUCUGCUGCCCGCAUGUUUGCCGAGCCGGUCGGUUUUGUCGCACAAAACGACGCACGCGGGCCGUUGACCUCACAUUUCUCGCCAUCUUGUUUAGUUUUACGAAAGCAGCGUUGAAGUACGGACGUGUUGCUUUGCGCGUGACAAAAAGUCAUGGAUUGGAGUAACGACAAAGUGUUGAAGUUUAUAGAGUUGUUGAAGGAAGAGCCUGCUAUAUGGGAUCGCAAUAGAGCAUCAAAUAAUAAUCGUCAAGAGACUAUUGAUGCGUGGGAGCGCAUACAAGCACAAUUCUCUGUCGAAUACUCAGUUGAGGAGCUAAAACGAAAGAGAAAUUGUUUGAUGACAGCUUAUAGAGAUUACCUGAGGAAAAUUAAAGAAUCAUCGUCAAAUUUUGAAGACGUGUAUAAACCUACAUGGUUUGCGUUUGACGCGUUGCACAGUUUUUUGGGCUCGAUGUACGAAAUGGACAUACAAUUACUGGAACCGACUACAAAGAGGCGUAAACGAGAACGAUGGCUAUCAAGAGAUUACGACAUCAUGAAUCAACAAGCAGAAUCAGAGACUUCACAGCAAUCAGAAUACUCCCAAGAUUCCAGUAGAAAACGGAGAAAUUCGCAAGAGUCCCACUUCAUUGCCAAGAAUCGAAUAAGUGACAUACCAUUCCAAAGAGAAAAACCAGCUCCACUCGAACCCAGCGAAGGGAACGAAUACGACCUUUAUGGUCAACUGCUAGCAGAGAAACUGAAGAAAAUGCAGGAUGCAGACAGACUGAUGGUUAUGAACGAGAUAGACAAUUUAGUUUUCAAAUAUGCGGUGAAUGCUAGAUCGAGGAAGGAUAACCAAUCUGUAGACACUAUAGCUUUUAUAACUCCGUCUCAUCCAAGCUAUUUAAAAGCAUCAGGUACUGGUUCAAUUAAUAAGAAGAAAAUGAAAUUGUUGGCUUCACAGAUUAAGGACGCGAAUUGUGGUUCUAAUGAAAUGUCAUCUGAUGAUGAUUGAGAUAUGCUUUGAUAUUAUUGAAUAAAAUGUUUGUAAUCCA